AUGGCGGGGUUUCCUCUCCGAGCCGGUGCGCUCCUCUGGGCUCCGGCGGCCGGGCUCCUGCGGCGUUCGUGGCCCCGAGGCCUCGGGCUUGGGGUCCCGCCGGCCGGGGCCGUGGGAGUCGUGCGGCGGCAGCUGUGCGCGUGGCCUGAAGAGACAUGGCGGGCCUCGGGGCCGGCGCGAGGCUGUUCGAGAAGCCGGGCCUUCGGCACGGCCAUGCCGCCACCGCCGGGGUCGUCGGGGCCCGAGGCCAGAGGCCGCCAGGACCCCUCACGGCCGUCGCAGCCUGGGCCUGUGUCCUGGAAGUCUCUGGCGGUCACGUUUGCUAUCGGCGGAGCGCUGCUGGCGGGGAUGAAGUACUUCAAGAGGGAGAAGACUGAGAAGCUGGAGAAGGAACGGCAGCGAAGCCUCGGAAAGCCCCUGCUUGGGGGGCCGUUCUCCCUCAUAACUCACACUGGGGAGCCCAAAACGGACAAGGACUACCUGGGCCAGUGGGUGCUCAUCUACUUCGGUUUCACUCAUUGUCCUGACGUCUGUCCAGAAGAACUGGAAAAAAUGAUGCAAGUCGUGGACGAGAUCGAUGAUAUCCCAAGUCUGCCAAACUUAACUCCGCUUUUCAUCACCAUUGACCCAGAGAGGGACACAAAAGAAGCCAUUGCCAACUACGUGAAAGAAUUUUCUCCCAAGCUGGUUGGCUUGACUGGCACCAAAGAAGCGAUUGACCAGGUCGCCAGAGCAUACCGAGUGUACUACAGCCCUGGCCCCAAAGACGAGGACGAGGACUACAUAGUGGAUCAUACAAUAAUCAUGUACUUGGUUGGCCCAGAUGGGGAGUUUCUGGAUUAUUUUGGCCAGAACAAGAAGAACGGAGAGAUAGCCGGCUCCAUUGCCGCGCACAUGAGGGCGCACAUGAAGAAGUGCUAGCCUAGCCGGGCAGCCACACCCCACGGGGCCGUGUUCUCGCGUGAAAGAGGAUGGCGGAUUUGUCUCCCACGGGAGCCGACAUGUACAACACCAACGCAAACUGCAGAGCGGCCAUCACACCAGGAGAAGGCCUGUAACUGGGAGUGUGUGUGACCCGUGGGUCCAGCCAAGAGAGGCUCCUGGGACCGUGAAGAUGAGAGCCAGGUCUCCCCGGCAGCCGCCGUGACACGGGGGACCAAGGUGGAGGGAAGCCCGUGGGGAGAGGACCUCGGGGAGGCCGGCCUCGGAGCCCGGCCCUGGUCUCGCCACUUUGUUCCUGUGGUUAUGAGGCUGAAUUUACUGAAGGGCGGGUAGGUCUCUGCCACUCAGGUUCCACUCGGGGCCAUUCCACGUUAACCUGCACACUUGGAAGCCUGCGUUGGGUUUUCCUUGUUACUGGCUGUGACUGUCCGCCGGGGCAUCACAUGCUCCCGUCAGCUGGGGUUGUUUGAUGAAGUCACCUGCUGUCUGGGGGAAGCCCUGGUUUGUUCUUUGAUGUGAUGACCACAUGCCCCCUCAGGUGGUCAGUGACAUUGACUGUGUGCGCUGCCAUCGCUGGACUGCGCCGUGUGUGAAAUAAAGCCGGUGCCCUCCACUUCGCCACUCA